UCUAGUUUUUGACCAAUGGGAAGCGGUUUGGUUGCUAGUUGUCCGUAUUUGACGACGCAAGCUUGUGCACAAAACAGCGCGUGAAAAUGCUUUUCUACUCGUUCUUCAAGUCCCUAGUCGGGAAAGACGUUGUGGUAGAGUUAAAAAAUGACUUAAGCAUUUGUGGAACCUUACACUCGGUAGAUCAGUAUCUGAACAUCAAACUCACAGAUAUCAGCGUCACCGACCCUGAGAAGUAUCCUCACAUGUUGUCUGUGAAGAACUGCUUUAUCCGGGGAUCGGUCGUGCGCUACGUUCAGCUCCCAGCCGAUGAGGUGGACACACAGCUGCUACAGGAUGCAGCACGCAAAGAAGCCAUGCAGCAGAAACAAUGAUUCAUCUGGUUGCUUUUGGUGGACUUGUUUUAAAAAAAAAAAAAAAUAACAGCAUUGGUUUAACUUUUUCUUUUAAGCUCUGAUUUUGUAUAGUAUUGAUUUAUAAAAUGCUGUAUGUUUUUUCAGUACAUGUUAACUUGAGUGGCUGAUAUGUAGACAAAGGAGUUUCACUCAUUACACUUCAGGUGUGGUUGAUGUUUUAUAAAAACACCUGGGGUUCCUUGGGUUUUGACUUUUUCAAAGUUAAGUUAUAAUACUUGGCCCAUCAUUGUUUAUAUGUUUAAAUAAAUUUUAUUCCUUUUUUUUUUUUUUACUUAAUCAGAAAAAAAGAUGGAUCCCCAAAAACACAGUGAAGUGUUUUGCUUCUGUUCUGUUGAAAAUAAAACUAAUAUCAUAUUGAA